AAAUUUAUAUCUGAAAAAUUCAUUUUGCAAUAAUUGAUGAGGUGACGGAAGACCGGUUGGUGACAUAAGCAACAAGUUUCGUUGGUAGAGGUGCAACGAGUGGCAGGCAAUAGAACCACUGAUGCGAGUGGGAACAACAACACGAGCAGGAGGCCAGUAAGCAGCAGGCACGACAAGCAGCAGCAUCGAGGGCAACAAAAGAGUCUCCAGUGGAAACAUGUCAUUGCUUCUGCUUCUGUUCCAGCAAAAAAGCAGAGUGGCAAUUCCAAAGCAAUGGCAUUUCUGUGCACGCCAAGCCCAAACAAAAAUAUUAGAAACCAACAUAGCUUCAAAAAAAAUCCUGAGUUGAAGCAAUCAUAAGGUAACUCCACUCUUUGGCUCCUUGCAGCUAAAGCAUGUUUGCUUGUCUCCCCUUUCAGCUGCCUUCUCAUUAGUCAUCAGUCACGUCCUCUCAUCAUCAGAGCCAAAAGAAAGAUCCCACCACAAGCCAUAAAGAAAAAUUUCAAAUAUAAAUCUCCUGCUUAUGUGUCUUCCCUCUUCAUUCUUCUCAAUGGAUCAUGUGGAAGAGAAUGAGAGUCCAUCAAAUGGAAGAGCGCAUGAAGAUGAUUAUACGCAGAAAUUUGUCUUUGCAGUUGGAGCAACUCUAGCAAUGGCAUGCUUAAAAAGCAUUUUGGUGAUGUUUUUUGUCAAGCAAUGGCCUGCCAGGGUCUUCUUAAUCCUCAAUAUUGUUCUCUUAGCCAUUUUCUUCACUUCCCUUCGUUCAAGCUCAAGUGAAAACCAGGAAACUAGAUGUAAUGCAGAGGUGAAUAUUCAAGAAAAUAAGAGAAGAAAACAAUGUGGCUGGUCUGCAACAGCCAAAGCAAACAGUGAAUGUCAGGAGAUGGGUAAGAGGGAAAGGGUUGCAGAAGAGAUAGAACAAGCAAUUAGAGUUGAAAGCGAAGAUCAGAAAUUGUCAAAGGAAGAGUUAAAUGAGAGAGUUGAAGCUUUCAUUGCAAUGUUUAGGCAGCAUUUGGUUUCUGAUGCAAGAAAUUGUAGAAGCCAGUUCCUCUCUAGGCCUAAACAAAGCUGACCCUUGUACCCUUUCAAGGGAAAGAUUUGAAAGAAUAAAGGCAAGUCUGAGGAUGAAAAUGUAGUUAUUGUAAUUUCCAGGGUUAGAUUGCAAUUCUUUUGCGCUUAAAUUUAAAAGAAAAGGCUAAAUUAAACUU